AAGGGGGCCGCUCCCGUCCAGUCAAUCAAUCGACGGCAGGGGUGUUCGCGAUCUGCGCUAGGUUUCAUCAGCGGCGCCUACUUAUUGGAACCUGGGCUCGACGUCAUCCAGUGAGACAAGGGACGGGAGGGGCGCAAUGCAAUUUACAUUGGCGUACCAACGAUAAGUAACACACACACUCCGAGCUGACGUACAAUAGAAUGGCAUUCCUGGCGAUUGUUAGGGAGGAGCCUGGCAUCUUUCUUCCACGCCUUAUUUUUAGCAACUUUCCCUUUGUUCCGUUUGUCUGGGCAUUGACAAACUUGGCGUACUUCUGUUUACCUACCUACAUAAAUAAAUGAUUUCUAGCAUCGUUUGAUGUUAAUUCGAGCCUUGAUGAAAGAAGACAUAUUCCGUUCGCGAUGACAGCGAAUUGUACAAACGCACCAGAUGCCGUACCUAGCGACGCUGGCGUUGCCGGCGUUGGUGUCCUCCUAUCCUUCAUAAUCACAGCCGGGAUCUCGCUCGUCCUCAGCGCCUCGCUCAUCUUCCAAGAGGCGCGCAGCCGGAACUCGUCGUCCGAGUCCGUGCUCCGCCGCAAGCUGCUGAACUCGUACUCGGACCAGCAGAUCCUGACGGGCAUCGGCCUCCAGAGCAUCGGGCUGGGGAAAGUGUCCUCGAUGGUGCCCUACCACUUCUUCCUCGUCUGGAUGCUCUCGCUGCUGUCCAUGGCCGUGCACAACGCCACCCUGCUCGCGCUCGCCCGCGACUUCCGCCGCGACUGGGUCCUGCGCUGGAUGCGCCAGCUCCUCAUGCUCGCCAACCUCGUGCUGUCCUGCGUCUACGGCGUGUACGUCCUGCGCGCCGUCGAGCGCGGCAUCAACGACUCUACUUUCCCCGUAUCCUGCGUCUGGGACGCCGCGACCCCCGACUACCCGCCCUCGGGCAACUACGCGCUCUCGUUCGCGGGAACCAUCGUCGUGAUCGCCGGCAACGUGCUCAUCUUCGCGCUUUCGACUUGGUACCUGCACGCUCGCACUCAGCGCUUCUACGUCGUCCUCCAGGUCGUCGGUCUCCUCCUCAUGACGGCCUUCGCUAUCGGCGCGACGGUCCGCGUGGCGUACCUCGCGGACGCGUUUGCGAGCGGGACGCCCAUUAAACUGAGCGACGACGGGGAGAGGCAGUGGAGUUUCGGACAGCUGUUGUCUGUUGGCAUGUUGGUCCUGCCAUUGGUGUCUGUUGUCGAGAUACUGCGGGGUGAGAUCAAGUGCGCGCCGCCUGUGGCAAUGGUCUACGACGAUGAUAAGGGUGUGCUAUUGGGUGAAGGUGGAAGUGGAAGUGGAAGUGAAGGCGAGCAGCAGGAACUGAGGGCUAGGUCGAAUCCCGGAGUUAGGAGGGCGGCGGACUUUCAGCCGAAUCCGCUUUGGGGGUCGCAGACGAAUUUGUUUAAGAAGUGAUUGGGAGAAUCGGUUGUUGGCUGGGAUGGGAAAAGGAGUAACAUGAUUUAUUAAUGCUUGAAUGCGCGAAUUUAGAUACCCCUUUUUGCGACUGAACAUGAAAUGGUUUCUCUUGAUACACACCAAAAAUGCGAUUAUCAACGACCGGCCUAAAAUCUAGGGUUCUGGCGGCGUCUUAUAAAUCUUGGCCGAAUUCUUAUUAUAUUAAAUCUAAA